AUGACACCAUCAUCACCCACACACAGUACCAAGAAGACUGCUAUUACUACUUUAGGUGAAGAUCGUCAUAUGCAUUCGUCAUACUCACAGUUCCGAUGGAUCUGUGCGCUAGGAAUGGGAAUUGCCAUUGGCAAUGUCGUCAUUCCCAUGAGUUACAUGGAGUUUGCGCCCCAUAACAAUACCUUUACGCACAAUCAGCACAUGCGAUAUUCCGCAGGAACUGUCAGUGACAAAUACAAGAACAGCAAGUCUGCAAAUACUUGGGAAGAACUGGUGGAACAAAAGCAAAUGUUUGCUUCUCAAUCGAUACCAACUCCAGCGGCUCCUGUGGCCAUGGAAACUCCCAAAUUGUCGAGCAAGGAACGAAAGAAGAUUAUGAUUACGGGCGGGGCUGGUUUUGUGGGAUCCCACUUGGCAGACAAGCUCAUGAUGGAAGGUCACGAAGUCAUCAUCUUGGACAACUUUUUUACGGGUCAAAAGACCAACAUUGAUCAUUGGAUGAGUCAUCCUCAUUUUAGUUUGAUUGUCGGCGAUGUGGUGGAUCCCAUUCACUUGGAAGUGGACGAAAUCUAUCACUUGGCCUGUCCCGCGUCACCUCCUCACUAUCAAUUCAAUCCUGUCAAGACCAUCAAGACUAGCACGGAAGGAACCAUGAACAUGCUCGGAUUGGCCAAACGGGUUGGAGCCAAGAUUCUACUCACAUCCACUAGCGAAAUCUAUGGAGACCCACAAGUGCAUCCACAAAAGGAAGACUACUGGGGAAAUGUCAAUCCAAUGGGUCCUAGAUCCUGUUACGACGAAGGCAAACGAGUUGCCGAGACCAUGAUGUAUGCCUACAAACACUCCAACAAUGUCGAUGUCAGAAUUGCCCGAAUCUUCAACACCUUUGGUCCUAGGAUGCAUCCCAACGAUGGUCGAGUGGUUAGUAACUUUGUCAUCCAAUCCUUGCAAAACAAACCAAUCACCAUUUACGGCGAGGGAGAACAAACCAGAUCCUUUCAAUACGUUUCGGAUUUGGUCGAUGGGUUGCACGCCUUGAUGAAUGGAAAGUAUGGAGCUCCCGUUAAUUUGGGCAAUCCGCAAGAAUUUACCGUGGCGGAAUUUGCCACUACCAUUAAAGAAAUGACUGCUUCCAAAAGCGAAAUUAAAAAAUUGGAAAAGACGGCAGACGAUCCCAACAAACGCAAACCCGACAUUUCCUUGGCCAAGCAAGAGUUGAAUUGGGAACCCAAGGUGUCUGUCAAGGAAGGACUGGCCAAAACCAUUGAAUAUUUUCGAAUGGUGCUGUUGUCUACCGGAGAAAUUAUUCCGACGGGGCCUGGAGCCUCCAAACCUCAAAAUUAA